GUCUCAGCCGACAGAAGAUGAGCGGCAGGAUGAUGAAUUCCGUCCUCUUCGGGGACAUGAUGCGGGAGUUGGACUCUCCCCCGGGUACCGGACCCCCCCCGGGCAGCGGCGUCACGAUGGCCCUCCGCAAUGAUUUGGGCUCCAACAUCCACGUGUUGAAGACUCUGAAUGUUCGGUUCCGCUGCUUCCUGGCCAAAGUGCACGAACUGGAGCGGCGGAACCGGCUGCUGGAGAAGCAGCUGCAAGAGCAGCACAGCCAGUACCAGCAGGACCGCCGCCUGAGGUACAAGAUCUACCACCGGGACCAAGCCGUACAGACUGACUCCGAACCCCCCAAAGCCAAUGCCAACCUCACCCCCUACAGCCGCCUGCCUGGUACCAUCUGGAGCUAUACCCAUGUACGGCGCACGGGGGGCGGACUGGAGACCGUGCAGGGGCCCGGGGUAUCCUGGAAUCAUCCGGAUGGGGUCGGGGUGCAGAUAGACACCAUCACCCCGGAGCUCCGAGCCCUCUACAACGUGCUGGCCAAAGUCAAGAGAGAGAGGGACGAGUACCGGAGGAAAUGGGAAGAAGAGUACGCCAAGAGGACAAACCUAGAGUCCAUGGUGGAGACUCUUCAGGAGGAGGCUCAAGAGUCCUACAAUGUCCACGAUGAGCUCAACGAGAAAAUUGAGAGACUGAAGUCGGAGCUGGUGGUCUUUAAAGGUCUGAUGAGUGACCCUAUGACCGAUCUCGACUCAAAGAUCCAGGAAAAAGCAAUGAAGGUGGACAUGGAUAUCUGCAGGCGGAUUGAUAUCACCGCCAAGCUGUGUGAUGUGGCACAGCAGCGCAAUUCCGAGGACGUAUCCAAGAUGUUCCAGGUGGGGACUGUGUCCAAAAAGAGGGAGCGAAAGGUGACAGCGGAAGACAUCGCCGAGCACGACGCAGAUGCCGGCCACUUCUCCGACGAUGAAGUCAGCUGUUCUCUCAACAUCACGGAUGAGAUGAAGAGAAUGUUCAACCAGCUACGAGAGACGUAUGACAUUGAUGAUGACUGCGACAGUUUGACGUGGGAGGAGAACGAGGACACGCUGCUGUUGUGGGAAGAUUUUGCAAACUGUAACCCGUCUGCGGAAGCUCCGGCAGAGGAAGAGAGUUUGGGCAAUCUGAUCCAGGAGACGGAAACCUUCCUGAAAACACGGGACAAGGAGUACCAGGAGACCAUCGGUCAGAUCGAGAUGGAACUGGCGACGGCAAAAAGCGACAUGAAUCGGCAUCUUCACGAAUACAUGGAAAUGUGCAGCAUGAAGAGAGGCCUCGAUGUACAGAUGGAAACCUGCCGAAGACUUAUAAAGGGGUCAGUGGGCAGAAAUUCUCCGUCCACAAGUUCCGUGGCCAGCAGCGACUCGGGGAACUCAGACGAGAUGCAGGAUGAGUCUGACAAGGACGGAGACGGGGACAGUGCCAUCAGCUGAUAAGGGACGCUCUCCUGAAAGAACUUUCUCUCUAGAGCGGAGAUUGUGGACAAAUCAGAGAAUAUCAUUGGAGGAUUCCCAGAACGCCCUCCAGACCUCCCUCCAUUUAUUUGGUGCUGUAAAUGUCUAUUCUUCUACAGAAAGUUCUGUACAUAGAAUUCUUCAAGACAAAAAAAAUCAAGUGCUGUUUGACAUGUGCCUUCCCCUCCUGAGCCACCAAGAGUCCACGAGUCCAAAAAAAGAGGCCAGGUUUCCAGCAUUGUAUAGUCAAGAGCACCUGUUGCUGUUCUCAUCA